AGCUAAGACCAGCGCUGGUCGCAGAGUCAAGCUCGAUCUCUUCGCGGAACCCUCUGGAGAUUUGGGUGGCUCUGCUGGACACGAUGAACAUGGAGACGAAACUAAAUCCAAAGGCCAUGCUGGGUUACCCAAUUCACCAUCUUCUUCAGGUGGGUUCCGUCAGUUUUCUUCAAAAAGGACUUUGUAGAGAGGACAUGUGCUCAACAUAAUGUAGAUCGGUGGAAUUUGGAUACUAUAUGUGCAAGACAUGUUAUGUUAUUCGCCCCCCGAGAUUUUGUUUUCAGACUGUAGGGUGGCUGUUGUCAUGUUAAGAACAUUUGUUGUCAAACCAUCUCGGACCCUGCCACAGUGAAAUUAUGAGUCAUUCCCAUUCAUUAUGCCCUUUCUGGCAGCUGCAAAGCAUUUUGGAGAGUUCGGCUGGGAAUUUUUUCUAUCGGUUCGUAUAUCCUGGCUUUAUUUUACAUUGUACUUGCUGACGUUUUUCUUCCUUGUGUAACAGGUGGCUGCAAUGAAGAGAUCCUAAUCUUCUAAUUUCAAAUUUACAUAUUGCAUUCUUAGACAACUUUUUCCUCCUCAAUCUUAGUUGCUCUUACUUCCGUUCUACAUUAGUACUCCAGCUGUUUGUUUGUUUGGGUGCUGAUAAGUUGGUGAUUACUAAGUCAGAAACCACAAAAUCCGCUGCUAUUACUUGGGCAAUAUAGUGAUGACGAGUUGGAUGAUGAUUCAAAUCAUAGCAAUGCUUCUGUAGAAAAUUCUUCGCCUGACAAAAAUGAUGAGGUUAAGAGUUCGCUUGGUGAAUCUCAUCAGCAUUUGGAUUCUGAUGCUAGUGAAGACCUUGCUUCUCAGAAGGUUGAGAAACAGGGAGGUAGUACAAAUUCUGCCCAGCAAGAUUGUGACAAGAACAUGGAGGACAGUGAUAAAAGAGAAAAUGAUGAUAUCAUCUCUAGUGAUUUACUUACAGAAUCUGAUUUGAUUGAACAAAUCUCUGUUCCUGAAACCUCUAGUGUACAAGUCAUUGGAGAUGUUAGUUCAGGUUGGAAGAUUGUAAUGCAUGAAGAGAGUAAUAGCUAUUAUUACUGGAAUACUGAAACUGGCGAAACUUCAUGGGAAGUCCCUGAUGUUUUAGCCCAGGAAACAAAGUUCGGUGACCAGGAAACGCCUACUACUGCCGGAACAACAGAUAAUGUUCCUGUUGGUACAGAAGGGGCUAACGCUUCUGAUGUGAAGUUAGAUGGUUUCUCUAAUUCUGUCACAGUUGAAGGGGACGCCAAUAUAAUCCAUCAUGGAAUAGAAUCGCAUGGGCAUGGGUCCCAAAUGGACAAAUGGAAUCUAGAAUUCAAUGAAGGAGCCACUCACGAUACAAUGGCUAAUGAAGAUUCUGAAUCAGCGAUUGAUCUCUCCUCUGGUCUCAUCAAACAUUGUGAGGUGUUGUUAGAAAGAUUGAAGUCACUACAAGGGUCGAAGGACCCACUGCCAGGUCUCACAUGGAUCUCAAAGUACACUAUGGAAGUUGAGAUAAGGCUAUUUGAUAUUAAGUCUCUUUUAUCUCAUGGUCCAUCUCUGCUUCCAUUUUGGAUGCACUCUGAAAGACAACUUAAACAACUAGAGAGUGCUAUUAAAGAUGAAACGUCCAAGAUUGUUAAAUCUCUACGGUCAAAUCAAGUUGAGACAACAUCUCCAUCUUUCUGCCAGGGAGAAAACAAUUUUCAGGAAAGCAUGGGGUAUCAAACUGAAGUAGAUCAAGUUGGAACUCUGAACGAUCGUCAUUUUGCUCCUAUUGUUGAUACAUCAGCGAUGGUUUCUAAAGAUCAAGAUGUUAACAGUUCUGGUGCAAAUUCUGAGCAUGUGUCUGCAUCUGUCUCUCCUCCUAGACAUACGAAUAGUAGCGAAAGUGAACAAGUCAAUGGGGUGGUAGUUCCCGAUGACUCGACUACCAAAAAUGAGAUUUGUUUUGGGGAAGAGGUUGAUAUGGAUGUAGACAUGGAAGUUGAAGAGUCAAACUCUGCAGGAGAUACAACUAUAGAAUAUGCAUUGAAUUCCAAGGAGUUUGCUCCACCAGAGCAGCCAAUUCAUCCUAGUCCACCUUCUAUAUACACAUCUUUAGUGUCAGAGGAUACGUUCACUGUUCCACCUCCCCCUGAUGAGGAAUGGAUUCCCCCACCACCACCAGAUAAUGAACAAAUUCCUCCGCCCCCACCUGAUGAGCCACCACCUGAGCCCCCAUAUCCUCCUCAUCCAUCUUACCAUGAAACAGCUCAACCUCCUUAUGUAGAGCAAUAUAAUUAUUCCUAUCCAGCUUCCAGUUUUGGGUAUUAUGGACAUACCGUCACUGAAGCUUCUAACACUAAUUUUUUUGGACAUCCUGAAGGAUCGCAAGUAGUUAUACCCCCGGCACCACUUUACUAUGGUGCAGUUCCUAGCACCUACAUGGAUACUGCUCAGGUUGCGGUUAACCCUGUUGAGUCUGUCACAUAUUAUGGGCUUCAAGAUGGCAUAGUACCUGCUGCUCCUGUAGUCGGUAGUGUAGAGCCGUUGCAGUUUCACAGCAAGUCUGCUCCUCUAAGCUAUGGAAACCUGGCAUCUGAUCAGACUGGAUCCAUCAACUCCCAUUCAGGAGCAGGCAGUAGCGCUUCAAAUGUGAAUAUUAAGUGUUUUUCUGUUGAUAGUGGGAAUGGUGGGGGAUGUAUCAAGGUUUCUUCUACCACAUCCACAAUUCAAGCACCUGCAACUGUUUCUGUGCCAUCAACUAAUUCAGUCCCUACCGCUGCAUCUAUUACUGCUACAUCAGUGGCUACCAAGGUUCAAUCUAAAGUUCCAAGGACGAAAAAGCGGACAAUUGCAGCUGCUUCCUCCUUGAGGUCUAAUAAGAAAGUGUCUAGUUUAGUAGACAAGUGGAAAGCAGCAAAAGAGGAGUUGCUUGAAGACGAGGAGGAACCUGAAAAUGCAUAUGAGUUGUUAGAGUGGAAGCGACAAAGGGGAAUAGAGGAAUGGUAUGCACAACAAAUUACCAGCGGAGAGGCCAAAGAUAACGCUAAUUUUCAGCGUCUGGGUGGCGACUGGCGUGAGAAAGUGAAGCGAAGAAAAGCUCAAUUAGCCCGGGAAGCUGCAAAAACUGCAGCAGCAUCUGCAUCUGAGGCUCCUACUGAUGGGAACAAGCACCCUGAUCUGACCGAACAAUCAAACGGUCUCCCACCCGGAUGGCAGGCCUACUGGGACGAAUCUUCAAAGCAGGUUUACUACGGAAAUACCGUGACCUCGGAAACUACAUGGACGAAACCAACAAAAUGAGUCUUCAAAUUUUUGAGAGAUUUUUAAAUAGAUAGGAUUAAUUACAGUGAUUUGUUAUUGCUUUUUGUAAUCUAGGGGUUGGAUUAGGAAUACAUUCUGCUAUACAAUAACAAAUUUUUGCCAAUUUAUUGUUUGGGAAGGAAAUAAGACUUCCACAAACGGGUUGUAUUA